AUGCCGGAAUUGAGUGAGGUGUACGGUGGCCCCCUUCCAGAAACAUGUCGCCCUUUUCGGCAAAUGUUCCUAGACGUUGUAGCCAAGUAUCCCGAUAAUCUGGCAAUAGCGUGUGUUCAUCAACCCCCUGGACUAUUUAACGUUCCAAAUCAGCCCCUGGACGACGUCGAUUUUCGCCAAAGUCCUUACCUACGAUGGAAUUACACACAUCUCGAAGAAGCUGUGCAGCGGUGCACCGUUGGCCUAAGAGGCUCCGGUGUCCAACCAGGGAUGCCAGUAUUUACCUUCAACACCAACAGCGUUGAGCAUGUUAUCUCGUACUGGGCUGCAGCUGAUAUCGGUUGCGUUUUUGUUCCGAUCAACCCCAGAAAUCUAGCAAACAGAGAGGAGGUAAUACACAUGGUGAACACAGCCAGAAAGGCAGUUCCAGGAAAGAGAUCCGUCGACCACGGAUGGUUGCCAUUCGAAAACUUGAUGUUAGGAGCCGUGUCCAGUAUAGGGGCUGAAACGAGCGGGAAAAUGGCAGACAAAGUGAUUGACGGUUACGUUUUGUUUACAAGCGGGACUACUUCCAUGCCUAAGGGAUGUUUUCGAAAAUUCCCAGCACUCAAUUACCCGAUCGAGUGCCAAUUGGCGAACACCACGGAAGGCAUGCCAAUCGCCGGGGACCGCAUCUGUGGCGUCUUACCGAACAACCAUGCCAUGGGCCACUUUUUCAUACCAUUAACCUUCGGAGUUGGUGCCGCCAUGAUCUUUCCUGGUCCUUUCUUCCAGGCGGAUAUCAUGCUGAAAACACUUUAUCGAGAAAAGGUUACGCAAACUGUGCUCGUCCCAACUAUGAUGCAUGCUCUAAUAGGGCUUAAAGCAGCUGCAGGACACCGACUUGAGCAUCUUAAGACCGUCACUUUCGGUGGCGCUGUUUUGACACCGGACCAUCUGAAGUCCUGUAUUGAAGAGCUCGGGACAAAGGGGGUUGAAAAUGCCUACGGCAUGACUGAAGGGCUUAUAAUCAGAUCCAAUAGUCACCGAGACCCAACGAAGAUCGUUGAUGGAAAAGAUGUGUCGUCCGGAUGGGUUGCUCCAGGCGCCGGCCUCAGAAUCAUAGACCCCGAUACUGGUAAGAUCCUUCCUCGAAAUACACUUGGCGAGCUGCACGGGACAGCUACUUCACUCGGUUACUACAUUGGCUCUAUCGAAAUGGAUAGCUUCUACAAUGAUCCAGAUGGCCGAUUGUGGUUCAGGACCGGCGACCAGGCAAGACUAGACCAUCAAGGCCGGCUUUUCAUAACUGGAAGGUACAAGGAUAUCAUUAUUAGAGGUGGCGAGAAUAUGUCGCCUACGGCGAUUGAGGCAGCUAUAUCGCAUGACCCUACACUAGCUGCAUUGAACCCUCAGGUCGUAGCAGCCUCUGAUUUAAUUGCUGGAGAGGUCCCGAUUGCUGUUAUGAUUGGCAAGGUAGAUGCCGAUCUACGUGACGCAGUUCAAAAUGCUGUCUUAAAAAGCAUGGGAAACAUUUACGUGCCAGAAGAUGUGGUUUCACUCCAGGACUUGGGCUUGACAGAUUAUCCUCGCACUAUGGCUGGAAAGGUUCAGAAAACCAAACUGGCAUCUCUUGUCAAGGACUAUAGGGCCAAAAGGGAAAUCCUGCCCGCAUCAAUGAAUGGCUCUGACCUUGGUGCUGAAGUAAGGGAGAUCUGGGCAAAGACAGUUGGCCUUGAGCCUAAUCAUCUGGCUUUGGAUGCGCAGAUUAGCGAAUUCGCCGACAGCAUCACUGUGAUGAGAGUGAGGGACAUCAUAAGGAAAAAGAUUGGUAAGACGCUUUCACUUGUCGAAAUGGCGAGCGCCGGGACGGUCUCUGGUCAUAUUGAGCUAUUGAAAAAACAAUCUGGCGCUGCCGGCGUAAAAAAUAUUAAGCGCACAAUCAGGAGCGGGCCGCCUAGCAUCGAGGAUACACCUCAUCUGAUGGGCGAAUCUGAGUCGUUCGAGCCUAUGAAAAAGCUUGUUAUUGAUACAAUAUCACCAUAUGGGUUGAAUUGGAAUGACGUUGAGGACGUUAUUCCCGUCUAUGACUUCGGCAACAUGAUGGUCAGAACAGGGCUCUUUGACAGCUGGGGUUUCAAGUUUGCAAUGGUGUCCAAAAAGGUGGACAAGAAGGAAUUCAGAGAAGCCCUUGAACGGGUUCUCCAGAACAACCGCACGUUAGCAUCAUUCCUUGUCGGUGGCCGUAAAUCGCUUGGAGCCGGAGAGGCUUUGCAUGUUGCGGUACGGCAAAAUAAUAAGUUGUUCGACAUUGUGAUCAAUGACAUGGGAAAAUUAAAAACCCUGGAUGAUCUCAGAGUCAAAGCCUUGGAUUAUCGUGAGCAGGUGGCGUAUCCCGGGCCUCUCACACGUAUUGAUCUAUACGACAUAGAGGAAACAGGCACACCCGGAGUUGUUUUGUGUAUCGACCACGCCGUGGUGGAUGCGUCGACAGGCCUGAUCUUCAGCGCAGACCUCGAAAAGGCGCUCAGCAGUACUGCUCAACUGCCUGAGCAUACUGAUUACAAGCUUUGGGCCGAUUCAUAUUUCAACCAACGAACAUCUGCUGAAGCGAAGGUAGCAGUUCAAUGGCAUGUCAAGCAGCUGAGGGAGCUGCAUUCCCAUAGAAAAGCUUUGUGGCCCCCAUAUACCAUGCCAAAGAAGGCAGACGAGUACAUUGUGGCCAGCUCAGAACCGGAUGCAGUUCAUCAUAGCUUUGACACUCCAGCUAUCCAUGAGUUCCGGCAGAACCAUCCAAAAGUCACAGCGACCAUCGUUGCCAAAACAGCUUUAUCACUUCUAAUUGUCUCUCAUACACACCAUACACAUGCCGUCUUUGCCAACUUGGAGGCCGCUCGAACAAAUUUUCCGUUCUUACCCAAGGCAAUCGAAGCUACAGGACAGUUUGAGGCAACUGAUGUAUCGGGCCCUACAAUACAAGCCGUUAUAAAUCUGGUGGAAUACAAUCCGAGUGAGUCAGUCUUGUCUCUGUUGCAGAGACUGCAGGAGGACCAGCUGAACCUGACAAAAUAUGCCCCGGCCCCUCUGCACGAAGUCAUGUCUGCAUUAGGUGAGGCCGGGGAUAUGAUACCGGAGGUUUUAGGUCACCUUUCUUUCAACUGGGUGCCGGGUCUGGGGGCAUCUGGAACAAAUCAAUAUCAGAACUUCGAAGCACUGGCAGCGAUAGUGCGUCCUUGUCAAGGAAUGUCUUGGAAUGUGGGCUUGGGUGGGCCGCAUGGAAACACCUUCUUUGUUGACCUACGAGGGAUUAGCUUCAAUCCACAGCAGCAAAAACAGCUGGCUUUGAAGUUUGAAGAAAUUACGAAGUGGUUGUUGAGAAAGGAAAAUUGGCAGUCUUCGGUAGGCGCAUAUGUUACUGUAAUCUAA